GGCCCAUGGGGCGCGGCCCGGGCGGGGGGCGGCGGCGGCGGCGGCGCUGAGGGGAGGCGGGUGGGGGAUGCUGUCGCGGAGGAAGACGCGCGCCGAGCUCUCCAAACCCGGCGAGGUGCAGGGCAAGUACGUGAUCAAGGAGACCAGCCCGCUGCUGCGCAAUCUUAUGCCUUCCUUCAUCCGUCAUGGUCCAACCAUUCCAAGACGCACAGAUAUCUGCCUUCCGGACCCAAGCCCUUCUGCCUAUCCGGCAGGCGGUGAUGGAGCCAUUUCUAGGAACCAGAGCUUCCUUCGGACUCCGGUCCAGAGGCCCCCUCAUGAGAUAAUGAGGCGAGAAAGCAACAGGCUGUCUGCCCCUUCCUUCCUCACCAGGGCUGAAGUCCCACGGGAAUACGGCUCACCUCCCCAGUCCUUUUUGGCGGAAGCCAACGUGGUUACUGAAAAUGGAGAUGUUGGAUCCCGUUACUAUUAUGACCAUUUUUAUAACGGUCAAAGGCGGCACCAGCUGGGGGACCCUCUGCAGGAGGAAUAUCGAUACUAUGAACAAAAUAAUGACCUCUUCCAAAGGAUGUCACAGAAUCAGGGAAGACACACUUCAGGCAUUGGAAGGAUAGCUGCUACGUCACUAGGAAACCUGACCAACCACAGUUCCGAAGAUUUGCCUCUCCCUCCCGGCUGGUCAGUGGACUGGACGCUCAGAGGAAGAAAAUACUACAUAGACCACAACACUAACACGACACACUGGAGCCAUCCACUCGAGCGCGAGGGACUGCCUCCAGGAUGGGAACGUGUGGAAUCGGCCGAGUUUGGAGUCUACUAUGUUGACCACAUCAAUAAGAGAGCCCAGUACAAACACCCCUGUGCCCCAAGUGUUCCCCGUUACGAUCAGCCCCCUCCUGUGAGAUAUCAGCCGCAACAAAGCGAGAGAAGCCAACCUAUCCUCGUGCCUGCAAAUCCGUACCACACAGCAGAGAUUCCGGACUGGCUGCAGGUCUAUGCCAGGGCUCCUGUCAAAUACGAUCACAUCUUGAAGUGGGAACUGUUCCAGCUGGCUGACCUGGAUACAUACCAGGGGAUGCUGAAGUUGCUCUUCAUGAAGGAACUGGAGCGAAUAGUGAAACUGUACGAGGCGUACCGCCAGGCGCUCCUCUCGGAGCUGGAGAGCCGCAAGCAGAGGCAGCAGUGGUACGCACAGCAACACAGCAAGAACUUCUGAACGUGCAUUUGGCGAUCGGGAUCCCGGGACCUUGGAGAGAGACUCUGGGCGUGUGAAAAGAACGGUGAACAAGGGCUUUGGCUGAAAAGGCAGCUCCUUUGGUUCUUGCACCUUUUGUAAUUAUCUUCUUUGUGUAUCAUGUUUAUUGAAUACAAAAGAUGUUUGUUAUAUUGUAUAACAAAGUUAGUUUCUUAUUCUGAGCGGGAGCGUAGGGGAGGAAAAACCCACGUUUUUAAAAUGUGGCACGUUUCCAGCAACCUGAUGUACCUUCAAAGAGCAAAAUCUAUUUUUCAUAAUACGUGGCGGUGUUACGAGAUGUCCUCCAUGUGGCAAGGCAUCUUUCAUAAACCCCCACCUGGCUGUCUCUAUAUGUUUGUGUGUGUGGUAGAUUUUCCUACUGCUCCUCUGUGUCAAAAGGAGAGGAGGUUGCUCCUGUGCUGGGAAAAGCUGUAGCAUUUACAGUUUUAAAAAAUGAAAUGAAGUCUUCAGCCGCGCCUAAGCACUUCACAAACAAUUGCCUUUUUUGUUGUUGUUGUUAAAUCACUUGUCUGUGCAAGACCCAAGCACACAAGUGAAAACAGUCGGUUGCCUUCUAGCACUUCGCUGGCAGAUCACACAGUUGAGCACCACAGAAGAGGGAGCUCAUCUGAGCCACGUUGGAGGACUGAACUCACAGACCCUUGGGAGAAAAGUCUUCAAAUAAAUCAGGGACGCAGCAAGGAACAAUUUUGCAAAAACAUCCUUGAGCACAACUGUAUUCAUGUCUUAGAUCUGGGACACCUUGUAAAAUGAAUAAACACACUAGCAUCUUGUUUAGUGGUUGUCUGUAGUAUGAAAUGUGACAUCCCCGUGUCCUGUCUAUCUGAGCAAGUGAAUAAACUUCCAAGUUUGUUUAAAUUCA